GGCAGCGUACAUGCAGCGGCUCGGCUUCAGCGAGCGGCCGAUCGACUUUGCGCUGCGGCAGCUGCUGCGCGAGCUGCACCUGCCACGCGAGUCGCAGCAGAUCGACCGGGUCAUGACGGCAUUCGCCACGCGCUACCACGCAUGCAACCCAGGCCUGUUCUUCUCGGCCGACACGGUCUACGCAUAUGCCUUCGCGCUGCUGCUGCUGCACACCGACGCCCACAACCCCAAGGUGCGCACCAAGAUCACCAAGCCGCAGUUCAUUGCGCGCGCUCAGCUGAUGGACGACCAGGGCGAGAUCUUCGAGCCCGUGCUCGACAUCCUCUACGACAACGUCACCGUGGCGCAGUUCGAAUACGCGCCCGGCGUCACGCGCCCACCGUCGGCCGACGGAGCCUCCGGCAUCGGCGCCUGGUUCAAGCGCAUGUUCUCGGCGCCGCCCCGCCCGCUCUCGCCCACCGACCUGCCCAGCAAGGAGCAGUACUCGUACACCUUGCCCGGCCGCCAGCCGCGCCGCCCCAGCGCCAGCUCUCCCGACGACGCGCUGGACGGCCACACGCUGCGCCUGGACGAGCCAUCCGCGUCGCCGGUCUCGCCCACCGUGCCAUUGGUGGAGCCCGCCGAGCCGCCCAAGGUCGAGUCGAUCCGGCUCAGCGGGCUCAAGUCGCACGUCAAGCGGCGCACGUCACUGCGCACCGGCCGGCCGAUCUCCGGCGUCAUCUACGAGACGCCUGGCAGCCCGCAGCCUGACCCCACCGGCACGGCAUUGCUGCGUGUUGACAUGGCUGGCCGCGUGUUCCGCAAAAUGGACCGCCACGGCAAUGGCCGCCGCGGGCUCGUGCGCUGGUGGAAGGAAAUCUGGAUGGUGCUUAGCGGCAGCCGCCUGUACUUUUUCCGUCUGGCCGACGACCACUCGCGCCCGCUGGCCGUGCAGACCGUCGUGCCCUUGCGCCAUGGCGUGGCGGUCGUCGACAAGGCCUACGACAAAUACCCGCAUGUCUUCCGCAUUCUCGCCGGCGACGGCAGCCAGAUUCUGGUCAAGGCCCCCGGCGACGACAGCGUCGCCGAGUGGAUGGCCCAUAUCAACUGCGCCGCCGCCUUCAAGACCAUGGAGAUUGCCAGGCGCACCGCCGGCCAGGUCCACCCUGCCCGCAUCGAGCGCCUUGAGGCCCGUCUCGAGAAGCUCGACAAGAAGCUCGCUGAUCUCGACCAGAAGCUUGCCCGCUCCCUGCGCCUCUUCAAGCAGCUCGCCGUGCUUGUGCCCCUGACCAGACAGGGCAAGGCCCGCGUUGUCCAGCAUGCCCAGGCCGUCCGCGAGACCCUGAAGGACCUUUACCUGGCAGAGCAGCGUCUGAUUUGCUACAAGGACGUGCUGGAGCUGGACCUCGACAUCGAGUACGAGAUCACCGGACACAUUUGAUACCCCCCACAUUUCUAGCGACCAUCUCUUUCUGUACUUGCACUAAUAUAACUUUGUAAUCAAC